AUGGCAGGAUCUACGCUCUCCUUCGAUACGCCCGAGUCGCUCAGCCCUUUCCUACGCCGGACAGAUAGUGACCCUCGACCUGUUGUUUUGAUGACUUGUGGAAUAGCAGGCAAGCAAAGCAAAAUCCAGCGGCAAGCUUUGGGGUCUGGAAAGUCCUCGCUUUCUAAAUGGAUAUUAUACAAUCACCCCUCUUUCAAGCGGCUGUCCAUCGACUCUUACAUAUACACCAAAUACGGCCUGUAUGGUGUUGAUUAUCCAAAAGAUAAAUACAGCGACUAUCAAGACGAGGCCCAGAGCGCUCUCCGAAAUGAAUUAGCGCGGUUGCUUCGACAGGGCUCUCAGAAUGCAAUAUUAGAUCUCUCUUGCGCGUUUCAACAGACUAGAGAUCAAUGGAAGAAGCUGAUCGAAGAGUCUGGGGGGCGAUGGGUGCUUGCGUAUCUUGACGUCGAUGACGAUGAGUUGCGGCGGCGGGUCAGCGCAAGGAAUCAGUUAACCGUUAAAGAUGGCGAUUCAGCUUUUUUUGUAACAAAUGAGAUUUUGGAAAGUUUCCUUACUGGCUUUGAGAGGCCGACCGGGGAGGGUGAAGUUGUUUUACGUUUUAAUACUGAACUUAAUGCGGGCACUGAUGUAUAA